UUGAGUGUCUGUGUUUGUAUUUGUGCCUCUUUCUGAAAGCCAGCUCGGAGGGCGAGUUUAAAGUGCGUUUGUGAAUGAAGGGGAGUGAAAUUGGCCGGGAGGACGGGCAGCUCACACACAUUCAGCUCGGUGUAGGCGAGCUACCCCUCCUGCAGCAGCCACCUACAUUCACCAGCCGGGCAAGUCACCUCAAUGAAAAACAUCAAGGGCAGGAGAUGGAGCUCUCAAAUUAUGCCAGCCAACUGCUGCUGCAGCUCAACCAGCAACGUUCCAAGGGCUUCUUAUGCGAUGUUGUCAUUAUGGUGGACAACACACUCUUUCGAGCUCAUAAAAGCGUCCUCGCUGCCGCCAGCAGCUACUUCAAAUCCCUCGUCCUGCACGAUAACCUCAUCCACCUCGAUGCCGAGUUGGUGGAGCCAGCCAUGUUCCAGAAAAUUCUGGACUUCAUUUAUACAGGCAAGUUAUGUGAGGAGAGUCAGGGAAAAGAGCGCAUGCAGGAUCUGAUCAGCUUUCUCACUGUAGCUAACUACCUCCAGCUCCACGACCUGGCGAGUCUGUGUACCAGCGAACUUGAGUCCAGCAGCACGUCCUGCAAGGGCUCGUUACACACCCAAAACCUGCCUUUUUCACCCGCUUCAAAACACUUGGUGAAGCGAGAGGCAGAAGACACUUCAUCUGACAUUGAAGUAUAUGCAAACAUGGUCCCUCCAAAGAAAAGACACAAUGGCGCGAACAAACGCAACUCGAGCGGAAAGCAAACCUUUGGGCUGGAUUUGACCAAGAAGAGCUCUUCUCAACGUGUUGUAAAUAAUGAUGGCAUUAGUAUGCAGGAAUACUCACAGUCCUCUGUUUCCAAGACAACUAAGAAUACUCUCCGGUCAGGUACAGAGAGAAAGGUCUCCCAGGAGAAAACCCGAGGCCUGGAUGCUUUAGAUGGAGCGCAGGAAUGGAGAAGGGCACCAUCUAGAGAGCGCUCCAGGAGGAAAGGCAACAUCAACGGUUACACACCUACAGUCAAAGUUGGAAAUCACUUGAGCCAAAACCAUGUGGGAGAAAAUUCCCAAGAGCAGCCACAAGACAGAAGAUCCAAUGGUGCCAGCCCUCACUUUGUCUACAGACAGGAGUCCUACCUCGAACCAUCUCAGGAGGACAACAGUUACGUCUGUAUCCCAUGUGGAAAAGGAUUCCCAUCCUCAGAAAGCUUAAAUUCCCAUGUAGAAUCCCACACGGACGCAGACGUGAACCUCGGCCGGGACAAAGAGGAAGCGGAUGAAGAUCCUCCCAUUGCUGGCGCCCACGAAGCCCCAGAGGUCGGAGACAAAAGCCCGUUGAAACCCUACAAAGAGCUGGACACGCUGCGACCAUUCCCUUGCAACAUCUGUGGCAAAAUGUUUACGCAGCGCGGCACCAUGACGCGCCACAUGCGCAGUCAUCUGGGCCUGAAGCCGUUUGCCUGCAAGGAGUGCGGCAUGCGCUUCACGCGGCAGUACCGCCUCACCGAGCACAUGCGCGUGCACUCGGGUGAGAAGCCCUACGAGUGUCACGUCUGCGGGGGCAAGUUUACACAACAACGAAACCUCAUCAGUCACAUGCGCAUGCAUACCUCACCAAAUUAGACUUGGAGAGUUGCAAUAGGUUAUACACAACAUAUCAGUAACGCUUCUUCUCAAACGAGCCCGGUCUAAUAAAACCACAUUACCUCAUGCCAUUACAGUACGUUACCUUCACCGAAUAAUAACUACGGAAUGUUUCUUGUGGUACCUACUAUUUUGAAAGAAUGAAUGUUAUAGCUGAUUCUUACAGUCACAAUGCAGAACGCAUCGUUUAAUGCGCUUUAUCUGGACAAAACAAAACCUCAUGUUUACUUGAAUACAUGUGCGAACAUUGCUACCUCAGCGUUUACCUCCCAAAUCCUCAGAUGCCCUUUGAGAUUACGUUCACCUACACCGUAUUGAAUUAUUUCCUCAAAAAAAUCCAUUUAGAAUUUUUCGCCAAUAUCUGGAAAGUAAUACGGCAUCUGAUAGAAAUCUCAGAGUAAACUGUAACGAACGGUAGACGAGAACACACUGCCUGUUUUACAGUGAGAGGACAGAUCCGAAACCAGAGUAGGGGUUUGUGAUAAGGAUUAGACGGAUGAUGGUUCGUGGAGCGUUUAAGGCAUGUGUGAUGUACAGUUCCAAAGAAAUAAUGAAUGUUGAAAGAUUAAUAAAAAAAAAAAAAAUACUGUAUUACUGUAACCAAAUCUAUAUUCUUACAAUAUACGUAUUUAAGUGUAAGUCUAAUUUAUGUGUAUGAUCACAGUCUUUGUUAGUUGACCCCACCCUUCCCUCUCUUUCCUCCUCAUGGGCUUUCAUUCUACGUAAGAUGCAAGUCCUUCCCUUUAGCUAUUCCCCAUGCUUAAACCGUUUUCCAUUUAUGAAACCAUUGAUGACCUGAGACCAAAAGGACUAUGGAUUAAACUGUUGUAAAUAUCUUUUGAGUGUCUUGAAGAGAUUGCUUGGUUGCUCAUUGAUUGCAGGGUUUUGAUAGUUAUAGCAUGAGCGAUUUUUUUUUUUAUUUUAUUUUAUUUCAUUUCGAAUCCUUCGAUCGGUUAGAACACUGGGGGUUUUGCUUGCGUGUAAAAUCAUUUGUGAUGAUAACUUUCUAUUUUGGAUGUACUCUUAUAUUGUGUUGUUUCCAUUCCGACAAGUUGUGCUUAUCUGUUACUGUUCAUCUACCUCAUGUGUUCAGGGUGUUCACCCACUCGCUGUGUUACACAACACACGCCUCUUUGUUGUUUACAUGCUUAUCGGUCGCCAUGUUUAAGUGUUAUACCAAAUCUCAUGUAAGGAAAAACCUCACACUGUAACUCGUGCUUGCACACUUGUAUAUUAGAAUCAUUCAUUUUGGGCAAAAACAAAAACAGAGGGCCAUCACUGUUACACCAGGCCAAUAGAAAACUUUAUUUCUUUCCAAAACCCCAGUAUGAGUUUACACACACAUUGCUCUCUGUGAUGCUGUCUUGUUAAAAUAUGCAGGAACCUUUUCUGUAUUUUUUUUUUUUGUUUGUUUGUUUUUGUUUUGUUUUUUCUUUUUUUGAUGGACCUGAAACCGAAACUGUGACAACACUUGGACUUUUUUGCUCAGGAAACCUCAGGGAUUAUUUCAGGCGCGUCUGAAUUUUAUACCACCAAGCACCAGAUACCGAUAUUUUUGCAGCUGCUUUCCUCAGUGUUUGAACACUACUGCCACAUUUAAAUACGCUGACGCAUUAUCUCCAGCCGACCCGAUAUACGCCUUCAUAAGGCAUGGCAGCUCGAUUCCGUGGAUUACUCUCCACUCGUGGUAUACUAUUUUAAUAUUAAAUGAUUGGUUUAACGUGAGUUUCAUAUGCAUUUGGAAAGAACAUCGAAUGCCAUUGUUCAUAAAGUACGAAUUGUGACCUGUUGAAUACCAAAGCACAUUUUCACAAAAUGGAUGGAUACAUAUGAAUGACAAUGUACUUGAUAUGAUACUUAUAAUUAAAUGCUGAUUAAAAAAAAAAAAAGUUUGUGUUUUUUCUGUAUUUUUUUUUUUUUGGUUUGUUUGUUUUUGUCUCUGAUUUUAGGAUUUU